AUGACUACUCCGGGACUAGUUCAGUCGCAGAGACAGAUUGUCAAGAAAGAGUUUCGAGAAUUACAAGGUGAGCAGAAGGCAAUAACUUCGAUCAUGUGUUUAAUUAAUUCAAAUGUUCUUCUUCGCCGAAUUCUGAACCAAUUUGAUGAUUGCAACUUAAAAAAUCCUUCAAUUGAAUGUGAUUCUGGUCAUUUAAAGUGA